UGGUGGUGGGGAACGACCCCGCCCACAGCCGACGGUGUGCCCCUGCAAGUGGUUUCUCUCCACAGGUCUGGCUUUGUUCUGCUGUAAGUGAAUGUAACUAGCUAACAGAGUCUGAAUAAUAUGGCCGUGUGCUGUCUUUUCUUGGCUCGGAAAAGUGUCAACUGCGCCGGCAGAUUACAACUAUUUUUGUCGAAUGAUCACAGGGCUUUGAUUGGCCUGUACAGCACAGCGGCAAAGCAUUGGGGAACAGGUGAUAAUUGCAAUGGUGCUGACACCACAGAUGACUCCAGCCAUGCGAUGACCAAUGUGAAACUGCUGGAGAUGAGGGCCAGCAAGCUGGAGGAGCAGGUCAGGGAGCUCACGGAAAGAUACAAAAGGGCCAUGGCUGACUCUGACAAUGUUCGAAAAAGAACUCAGAAGUUUGUCCAAGACGCCAAGCUUUUUGGGAUCCAGAGUUUCUGCCGUGAACUGGUUGAGGUGGCUGACCUGCUAGAGAAGACUACAGACAACCUGCAGGAAGAGGAGGGCCAGAGGCUGGCUCAGGUCCAGGACAGGCUGCAGGGGAUCUUCACAAAGCACGGCCUGAAUAAGAUGAGCCCUGUUGGGGAUAAAUACGACCCGUACCAGCAUGAGAUAGUGUGCCACACUCCUGCUGAGGGAGGGGAGCCCAGCACCGUUACCGUAGUGAAACAGGAUGGGUACAAGCUCCACGGACGCACCAUUCGUCAUGCCCAGGUGGGCAUUGCUGUGAUGAGGCAGGAGCAGGACUAGGGCUUGUGCUAGUCUCUGCCCUCGCUGUAGUACUCUACUGUCUGCACCUUACAGUUCUAGCUUUGCAGCAAUCCUUUGUUUUUUAAUGAUUUUACUGUUUUAGUGAGUUGUUCCAAUUUGGUUAAGUUCUCAUUAUGUACAGGUCAUGCAAAUAACAACUUAUUUAACCCUUUUUCUAUAUUCUACAAUCUGAAAAGAAUGGGCUUGUUCACAUUCUUCUAGAAUAUAAUCAUUUUUAGAUUGUGCCUAAUCAUGUGAAUGUGUUAGUGUUUUCCAUAAGUGCCGGUCGUCGGCUAAAUAGCCGAUAAGACUCAUUGUAAAGCCGGCUACUUCAUAAACUAACUAGGCUUUUAAUUUAGAAGUUUCAAUUCGCUAGUCAGAAAAGUCUGUAUAGCCUUCUCCCACUUGAAUGAAUGACAUGCACCUUCUAGUGAUGUAUUGAUAGGACAGGUACCUGUCAGUCAAAAAGUGAGCAAUGACAGGGAAACUGAUGGUUUGUCCCUCUGCUGUCUGUCUCAGCUCUCAAUACUUAUUAUUUUUUGUAUACUGUGGUUGGCUGCAGUCUAAUAUUUUCACGGAGGAGGGAGAUCAUGAUGCUUAUUUUUCAUCUCCUGUUAGUUAAUUAACACGUCCCAUAUAAAGUGGUAACAAUGAGUUGAAAUCCACUUAUUGUUUUAUGGCACAUUCAUUUUUCUUGUGCGUGUUUCAUAGGCCAAUACAGCCACGGAGUGAGGCGCGUAGGCUGUUUGCUGUGCUUUGAUUGACGACCGAACUGCAAGUGUUUUACUAGUUUAUAAAAGGUGUCGAACUGACGGAAUGAAGUCAAUCUCCUAUAUCCCUUCACUAUUCAUAAAUAAUACAGCGUAGUUAUAUGUCCAUUGUAUCGCAUCGGGUCAAAGAAACAAAAUAUCUUGUUUUCUAUUUUUCCUAGGAUUCGUAGCCCCAUGACAAGACUUGCCAAUGUAGGGUCUUUUUGAACGGAUCUGUUUGGUGAACGGAAACAAAUCAAUGCCUUUCUUUUGAUCCUAUCAGUAUCGACACAUGCUCCAAUGACACACUUGGCGAAUGUUCUUUCUGCGUGGUGUUUUGGGAAACGUUACAUCUUUGGUUAUUGUGGGAAAGAUGCAUAGUUAAAACACAUGUAAGCCUUUUGUUCCUUUGGGAAACCGAGCCCUGGGAGGGAAAGUCAUUAAACUAUUCGCGUAAUUUAGCGGUGUAUAUUGGAUUGAAUCAGGACAUUAGAAUGUACCAGAGGCCACCAAAAUAGAGCUUGUUUUGUAGAAAAAAAAAUCUCAGGGGGCAUGCCCACCUUGACCUCUCAGGCCCGGAUCUCCCUGGCUGGCUGCUUUUUCUAUUUGGCUGGCUACUCCAUGUACUUGUGGAAAACACUGGCGUUAGCUAUUUUACUAACAUUUAAAGAUAUGUAAAGGUACUUGAGAAUAUUGUUAUACUGCAUAUUUGCAUAAGACCUGGUUGAGGAAAACCUUUUUGUUUACUAAUGUGAAUGGAAGAUAGGUUUCCUUUAAGGACCCCUUAUAAUACUGUGAACAUCUGGUUUCAGGUCCACAUACCGUAAUUGCUGGACUAUUAAGCGCACCUGAAUAUAAACCGCACCCACUGAAUUAUUAAAAAAUAUGUAUUUUGUACAUAAAUAAGCCGCACAUGUCUAUAAGCCGCAGGUGCCUACCGGUACAUUGAAACAAAUGAACUUUACACAGCCUUUAAACGAAACACGGCUUGUAACAAAAAUUAAACAGUGGCCUACCAAGAAAGUCAUUGGUCACUAUCUUCCUCCUCCUGUGCACUGAAACCACUGAAGCCAUCUCCUCCGGGGGAAAUCCAUAAAUUAGCCACGUCAUUGUAUAAACCGCGAGGUUCAAAGCGUGGGAAUAAAGUAGCGGCUUAUAGUCCGUAAAUUACGGUACAUUUCUCCCACGUUCUUAUGUGGACUGUGUACAUUUCUAGAGGUCACAUUAAUCACGCUGCACUUUGGAAUUGUUUUGUUUUUUCUGUAUGUGAGCAAGUAAGAAUUAAUUUCUUGACGUUUGAGAGAAUCUGUGAUAUUAGAGGAUGGGAUGGUUACGUUGAAUGUGCUGUUACCUGUAAUUGUCCCUUAUGAUGAAGGUGGCACCUUUUUACAUUGAAAAUGUUGGGAUUUAUGUAUUUAUAUAGACAAAUGUUUAACAUUAGCCACAGAGUAUUGUGUAUGAUGCAGCUACGAAAUAGGUUCAGUUAAAGACACUUUUAAAAAGGAUCUUUGAGCCUUUUAAAACAUAUAGAUAGUAUGGAUAACAUUUUCUAUCAAGUCAUUUUGCCUUUAAAUGAAGCACCACACAUGUGUGGUUGAGAAGUUAUGGUGUUCUCUAACAAACCAUUUUGCUUUCAGACUACCACAGUACAUCACAUCAUCACCUUAAUAAAUGUAUUGGAAAAAUU